CACGCGUCUUAGCUCGGCCAGGACGCGCGCGCUCACGUGGGCGCGUCUGCCAGCCCCCCGAUCGCCACAGUGGAUGGGUGUCGGCGUGGAAGAUACUGUGAGCUGAAUGGACGCACUUACAUUCAAGGAAUGUAAUCAUCUUCUCUUUAUGCCCGCUAGAAGCCGGUCUAUUCCAGGUACCGAUGAGCAAGCGAGAGGUGAUGUAAUGGCAGAGCUCACGUGGAGGACGGAUAAUCGCAGGACCUCCACUGCUGUCUAAAAAAUCACUGCAGACCCCGUUGACAUUUACCAGAAUGGAUUUUCCCAACUGCACUGAAGGGAUGUUUGCGACCAGCAGCGGUGAUUAUGAUGCCCUGGAGCCCGCCAAACCGCCCCCCAAGAAGAUCGUCCUUUCGGUGACCCUCUCCGUGCUGGCCAUCGUCACUACCUUCCUCAACUGCUUGGUGAUCACCGCCAUCGCCGUCACCCGCAAAUUGCAUCACCCCGCCAACUACCUCAUCUGCUCCCUGGCGGUGACCGACCUGCUGGUGGCCGUUCUGGUCAUGCCCUUUAGCAUCAUCUACAUUCAGAAAGAAACCUGGGUCAUGGGUAAGGUGGUGUGCACCAUCUGGCUGAGCGUGGACAUCACAUGCUGCACGUGCUCCAUCCUCCACUUGGCCGCCAUCGCCGUCGACCGCUACAGGGCCAUCACAGACGCCGUGGAGUACUCGCGAAAACGUACGGGUGCCCGAGCAGGAGCCAUGGUGGCCGUCGUGUGGCUCUUGUCCAUCCUCAUCUCGCUUCCUCCUCUGUUGUGGAGGUACUACACGGGGGAUGCGGAUCAGGAAGACCAGUGCAUCAUCCUGCACCACCACAUCGCUUUUACUCUGUACUCCACCCUCGGGGCGUUUUACAUCCCCCUUUUGCUCAUCCUCAUCCUCUACUUUAAAAUCUACCGGGCCGCUCAGACCCUUUACAUGCGUCGGGAGGCCAGCAGGGCGAGCCGUCACUCGUGCAUGACCAACGGGAGCUCCAUCCCUUCCACCUACCCCGCCGGAGACGGCGGGCCUCGGAGUCCGGACCCCGUCAGCCCGCAAGAUAAAUCUUUCUCCGAUCCCUCGACGGAGGAGGCGCCACGCGAACGCAUGCGUAAUGCGGUGAAAAAGUUCCACUGCAAGAGCCGUCGGCAUGACUCGCGCAGUGAGUCACGGAGGAGCCAGCUCUCGCAAGGACCACGCAUCUCGGGCGCGAGGGAACGCAAGGCUGCAUCCACGCUGGGUUUGAUCAUCGGAGCGUUUGUCAUUUGCUGGUUGCCCUUUUUUGUCAAGGAGGUGAUCGUCAACACGUGCGGCUCUUGCGGCACGUCGAUGGAGAUGGCUGACUUUCUGACGUGGCUGGGUUACAUCAACUCACUCAUCAACCCCCUCAUUUAUACCAUCUUUAAUGAGGACUUCAAAAAGGCUUUCCAGAGACUGGUUAGGUGUAGUAGUUAUCUCUGAUUGGUAAUGCACUGUAACUUGUAAUCAGAUUUGGCUCGCACUCGAGGCGGAUGAAGUGGAAGCCAACGCUCCACUUGGCACUUCAGCAGCCUCAAAGAAUCAGAGAAAAGAUUUGGAUCAAAGAAAUUCCCUGUUAUAAAUAGACUAGCGUCUCAUUGGUGUUGAUUGGAGUGCGUGGUGGGAUGCUGACAAGCGUUUUUUAUUUUAUUUUUUUAAGAAUGUCAUAGCUGACCUUUUCCACACCAACUAUUUGAGCACUGCCAAACCAUCUGAAAGGUCUUGAAAUAGCUGACUCUUCCAUCUAAUGGCUUCCCGUCAUUCUUGCCCAAAUUGGUGACAACACGGAAUGUGUAAAAAAAAAAAAAAAAAAAAAAAAAAUGCAAUGAUCAUAGGAACAAAUAUGUCAUUGACAGAAAAAGAUGUAAAGUAUAAUUUAUAAUGAAUUGGAAAAGCUGAUUGUAUUGUAUAAAGAUGAACUGAGAGUUUAAAAUUAUUAUUGCCUACACAGAAAAUAUACUGCACGCGGAGGCCCCCAAAAACUUGUGCUUGCAUCAAUUUAAAAUGUUUUUGAUUAUUUUUGUACAACCUACACUGUAUGUUUUCCUCAUGUAGUCCUUUAUUUAUUUAUUUUAAUUUAUUUGUUUGUUUGUUUUAUUUAUUUUUACCUUUGAAUGGUUCAGCACUUUGACUAUUUAUGUCCCAGCUCACGCCCACCACUCGUCCAGCUUUAACUUAAUUAAUGAUGGUGAAAAUCACUGGUGGAGAAAUCCUCAUUAUGCCCACUCAAGUACUUGGAAUAAAACUACUGUUUCUUUACAGCCUCCAGGAGGGCAGAUGGAAAUUUUGAAGAUGCGUCAAGUGUGCGGGUGUAUACAAAAGAGACGAGGUGUCUCGUAAAACUGUCUUGCUGAGUCGUUGUAGAAAGUUUAUUUGUUGUGUGUUACCUUCUCAUCAAUCACCAAUAAACAUUCCUCACGUGAAUGAU